UAAUCAUAAUUAAUGCUCCUGAACUACAGGAACAACAAUAGAGAGAAUGUUGUGCAUCUACUUGUCACGGGUUGCAUUACUAGCCUUGCUGGGCAUUGGUUGCCACUAUUUAUAAAACAUCAUAUCAGGCGGGCCUUGCUCUGUGUGUGUUUAGGCUGUCUGACUCCCCUCAGAACUUUCCAGCAAAGAAGAUUGAGAGUUCGCCAGUCAGUUGACACACUAAACUGGUUCCUGUGCUUAUCCACUCGGACCAAUCUGUAUUCUUAGGCUUUUUUUCGUCACUUGCCGUUCAUCUGGAUCCCUCUCUCUUGGUUGAAUACUCAUUCUCAUGAUAUCUAGUCUAUCUAAUUGCUAUUUUUUAGAUGAGUGGAAAACUUUUGCCCUUCACUCACCUUGGUGCUCAGCUGCCCGGGGGUGUUGUCGGUCUCCACGUCAUGCUGGCUACACACUUUGAUCCGCAAUGCCAUCCUCUGUGGCUGUUUUUCCCUGCAUCGUCUUGAGGAAGCUCUGGUUGCUAGGGCGACCAAGGAGGAUGGCCCCCAGUAGGAGCCGGGGAAGCCUUGGGCUGCCUUUCAGCUCGUCGCUGUGCGGCAUGCCUGCUGACCUGCUGCUGGCAAGGAGGAGGAGGAGCCAACUCUGCAGAGGAGCCUCUACCGGCCCAGUAUGGGUCCUGCCGUCCCGCUGCCCCACCAUGAGACAGAGCUCCAGCGUUAGAGCGCCUCUCUCCCUCUGCUGGCCACUGCGCAGCUCAGACUCGCUCUGCUCCAGUAGUAACACGAGCACAGUCGGCAAGAUGUCAUCCUCUUCCUCCACCUCCUCCUCCUCAUCCAACAAUGAUGGACAAGGGAAGCCUAAACCUAAAUCCCCGAUUCGCAAGAGGGGGAGCCUGCAGAGCACCACCAGCCCUGACCUGUGUGGUGCGUCUGGGCACAAGCCACUCAAGACCCAGAGAUCACUUCCAGGGACGCCUGUUUCUAUCACACACUACCCCAUCGACCUGCGAACAUCCAUGGAAGAAAAGUACAAAGAGAUUGCUGAGGAGCUGUUCACACGCAGCAUGGCAGACAGCGAGAUGCGGACCGCUCCUUAUGAGUUUCCGGAGGACAGCCCCAUCGAACAGCUGGAAGAGCGAAGGCACCGACUAGAGAGGCAAAUCAGCCAGGACAUCAAGCUUGAGCCAGAGAUCUUGCUCCGCGCCAAACAGGACUUCAUGAAAAUCGACAGUGCUGCAGACCUAGAGUCAUUGGAGCAAGAGAGUGUGGACACUGUUGAUGAUGGCUUUAAGGAGAGGAAAAUGCCAGUAGAGAGAGAGUACCAACGGGUCUCAAUAUCUGGAGAGGAAAAGUGUGGGGUGCCGUUCACUGACCUGGUAGAUGCUGCGAAGUGUGUGGUGAAGGCAUUAUUCAUCCGGGAGAAGUACAUAAAGCGAUCCAUGCAGUCCUUUUGUAACACCACAUCUCACGCCCUGCUGGAGCUCGGGAUGAAGCCUCUGGAUCUCUGGACGGACUAUGACGAUAUAGCAGAGACCCCUGUAGAUGCUGAUGCCCCCGUCCACCCACCUGUCUCAAAGACGCACCCCUAUGACCACGACCCCAAGAAUUUGCCAGCAGACACAGGAUAUGGUUGCAAGAUGAUUGGUGGAGUAGUCCACGUUUACGCCACGGAAACCAACAUGGACAAAAGCACAGAACUGGACCUGCCCUAUCCUGACCUGACGGAGUACAUCGGAGACAUGAAUGUUAUGAUGGCCCUCAUUAUCAAUGGCCCAGUGAAGUCUUUCUGCUACCGCCGCCUGCAGUACCUGAGCUCUAAAUUCCAGAUGCACAUCCUCCUGAAUGAGAUGAAGGAGCUGGCCGCUCAGAAGAAAGUUCCACACAGAGACUUCUACAACAUACGAAAGGUGGACACACACAUACAUGCAUCAUCCUGCAUGAAUCAGAAGCACCUGCUGCGAUUCAUCAAGAGAGCCAUGAAGAAAUACCCGGGGGAGAUCGUUCACAUCGAGCGCGGCCGUGGUCAGACCCUCAAGGAGGUGUUUGAGACCAUGAACCUGACGGCCUUUGACCUGAGCGUAGACACUCUUGACAUGCAUGCGGACCGCAACACGUUCCAUCGGUUUGACAAGUUCAACGCCAAAUACAACCCCAUCGGAGAAUCCAUCCUCAGAGAGAUCUUCAUCAAGACUGACAACCACAUUGAAGGAAAAUACUUUGCACACAUAGUCAAGGAGGUGAUGUUUGACUUGGAGGAGAGCAAGUACCAGAACUCUGAGCUACGCCUGUCCAUCUACGGUCGCAACCGGGACGAAUGGGACAAGCUGGCUCAGUGGGCCCUCAAACAUCGAGUGUACUCUGACAAUGUGCGCUGGCUCAUCCAGGUGCCUCGUCUUUUUGACGUGUACCGCACAAAGAAGCAGCUGGCUAAUUUCCAGGAGAUGUUGGAGAACAUCUUCCUGCCGCUGUUUGAAGUCACGAUCAACCCGCGUAGUCAUCCUGAGCUGCAUCUCUUCCUGGAGCAUGUGGUGGGCUUCGACAGCGUGGACGAUGAGUCCAAACCAGAGCACCACAUUUUCAAUCUUGACAGUCCUCUGCCAGACAACUGGACAGAAGAAGACAACCCUCCUUACUCCUACUACCUCUACUACACCUACGCCAACAUGACUGUGCUCAACCACCUGCGAAGGCGGAGAGGCUUUCACACGUUUGUGCUGCGACCUCACUGUGGGGAGGCCGGGCCGAUCCACCACCUGGUGUCAGGUUUCAUGUUGUCAGAGAACAUCUCCCACGGACUGCUGCUCAGAAAGGCCCCGGUGCUGCAGUAUCUGUACUACCUGGCUCAAAUUGGCAUCGCCAUGUCACCACUGAGUAACAACAGCCUGUUCCUCAGUUACCAUCGCAACCCGCUGCCAGAGUACCUGUCCAGAGGCCUCAUAGUCUCUCUGUCCACUGAUGAUCCUCUUCAGUUCCACUUCACUAAGGAGCCUCUGAUGGAGGAGUACAGCAUCGCUACUCAGGUGUGGAAACUAAGUUCCUGUGACAUGUGUGAGCUGGCAAGAAACAGUGUCCUCAUGAGUGGGUUUUCACACAAGGCCAAAAGCUACUGGUUGGGCCCCAGUUAUUCAAAGGAGGGUCCUGUGAGCAACGACAUCCGUCGCACCAACGUCCCUGACAUCCGCGUGGGGUACCGCAGCGAGACGCUCUCUGAGGAGCUUCAGCUCAUCACCCACGCCGUGCGCACUGUGGAGCUGGACACCAUCAAUGAGGAGGACUCUCUGUCCAUGGCCCCUAUCCCGGGACAACGCUGAAUCCACAAUCACCAGGACCUGUCCUGUAAAUCCCCAACCCCGUGGUCCACCCAGCAUGACACUGAAGAGACGUGGUGUGAGGGUAACUCUGUUGCAUCCUACAUACAGUAUAAACGCCACCAACCAUCACUAUAGAAGUAUGCCGCACACACAGCUACAGGGAUACAGUGCUGCCAGAGCACUUCAGCUUCUGCAUUCUUCAGUUUCUUGUGUUGGAGUCAUUUUUAGGUUGCAGGAAAGGAUUUUAAUUUUACAACUUCUGUUUCUUCUGGUCUCUGUGGCAUGUUGAGUCUCAGUCAGCAUAAUGAAGGUUAGCAGAGAUGACCACCACUAGUGUUUCUUGUGAAUGAAAAGCAGAGAAACACUCGCCAGAGACGAUUUAGGGCAAUGUUGUCUUUAUUUCUCACCUGUGAUUUAUUCCGUUAGUCAGCAAUAUGCUUUAAUUCACCGAAAACAUUACAUAGCAUGUAGUAUCUCUGUAGUAUCUGUGUACUACAGAAACACACACAACCAGCACAUUGAAACUUUCUGCACAGAAAAGCUGCUCUGAAACGUUGCUUAUCGUCCACUAUACAGUCGUGCUGCUUAACUGGACCUAGUUCAUCUAUCAUCUUCAUUAUACAAACCUAUAAUGAAGGAUCACGGAUGUAGUUUUAUUGAAAUAAUACAGGUGAAGGGUGGAGGUACCCACACAACACACUUUGACAGGUUUCAUGUUUUAAGCUACUAAAGCGCUGCUUACAGCUUGGAGAUAGAGAGAAGAGAGCUUAGCUUCUGUCUGCUUGUUGUUGUGGUUUCAGAUCAUUUACCGGUACUUGCCAAAUUGCACACAAGGAAUCGUUCUUCCGUGAUUUAAAUGAGCUCAGAAAGUAACAUAGAAAGAGAGAGAAACUCCACAGCCCUCGAGUGAGGAGAGAAGCAGACUUCCUGGCGGUCGACUGCAAACAUUCCACGAAGCAAACACUUGUCUUUAGCUGCAAAGGAAAUCCAGUAAAUGUAAAAUUGUC